UAAUACUUCAAUUGUGAACGUCGGCGAGUUUGGUUAUUUUUGUCGUCGUUUUAGUUGUGAAUCAGCUCACAAUUCUUUACCAUAUAAAGUAGAAAAAUUUUUUUAUCAAAAUGAAUUUGUUAAGUUGUAUUCGAUAACCAUUAAGAGAAAUUCUCAAAUUUUGGUAUCAGAACCACGAUUCGUUCUAAACAAUAAAGGGAACUAAUAUAUAAAAUUUUUUAAUUUUUAUUUAUAUACAUAUUCCCUUUGAAAAUAUGGUAGAAUUAUAGUUUUUCUAUAAAUAGAAGAAAAUCAAAAAAAUAAAAGGAGUCUGUGAUAGCUGAUUUACUUGCGUACGAAAAUUUUUAAAUGGAAUAUAAUUUAAAAAAAUUUUAAAAAUAUACGGAAUCGCUUUCCACGGUAUUAAAAAACAAACCUACAACAAAAAAAAUAGAAAAAACAAAUAUCAUUGAAGAAGUUAUUUUUGGCGGCUGACCAACUAAUUUUAUUAAAGGCGCUGUAGUAAAUUUUAAAACAAUCAAAUUUUGCCAGAAAUUUUACCUUGAAAAAUGGACAAAACAGCUAUAAUUGAGGCAUCGCAAGCCAAAAAAGUAUACAAAAUAGUGUUGACUGGCGGACCAUGUGGCGGUAAAACGACAGGUCAGUCGAGACUAUGCACAUUUUUCGAGAAUUUGGGUUGGAAAGUUUUUCGAGUUCCUGAAACUGCUUCAGUUCUUUUAAGUGGUGGAGUGAAAUUUUCAGAUUUAACAGAAAAAGAAGUUCCCGAAACACCUUCUUCGUUUAAACACCUUAGUUUACCAUUCGUCUCACCAGAACAUAGUAUUAUAGACAUGACUGCCAGCUGCCCAAGAUGUUUAGCUGCAGCGGCUGACAGACCAGACGGUAGCGAAGCUUAUAAAUUUCAAGAAAAUCUUAUUCGAACAAUGAUUCAAAUAGAAAAUACAUACUUCGAGCUAGGAGCAUCAAGUACCAAAAACUGUUUAAUCAUAUGCGAUCGCGGAGUUAUGGAUGCAAGUGCAUAUAUUUCAAAAGAAAAAUGGAAAAAAAUGAUGGAAACAAAUCAUUGGAAUGCUAUAGAACUAAGGGAUAAUCGUUAUAAUCAGAUCCUUCAUCUAGUUUCAGCAGCAAAUGGAGCAGAAGAUUUUUACACGAUAGAAGAUCACGCUUGCCGCUCAGAAGGAGUUGAUUUAGCUCGUGAAUUGGAUUAUAAAUCUGCAGCAGCUUGGGUCGGUCAUCCUUAUUUUGAUGUUAUAGAUAAUUCAAGUGAUUUUGAAACCAAAAUGAACCGCAUGAUUGAGAGUGUCUGUAUGAAGUUGGGUAUAGAUAUAGGUGAUCGUCUAAAACAAACAUCACGAAAACUCAAAUUUUUGGUUGCAUCUUUACCUGCUGAUUCAGAGUUUCCACCGUUUCAAGACUUCGAUGUUAUACAUCAUUAUUUGCAAUCUUCCGGACCAAAAGUACAGGCAAGACUCAGAAAACGUGGUCAAAAUAAUCAUUGGAGUUAUAUUCAUACAAUACGCCGACCACAUGUACAUGGUCAAUCUGUUGAAGUUAAGACACAAUUAACACACAGGGACUAUUUGAUGCUGUUAGCUCAACGUGACGACGCUCAUUUUACUAUAUAUAAGAAGAGAAGAUGUUUCUUAGUUAAUAAUCAAUAUUUUCAAUUGGAUAUUUAUAAGGAACCCAGUCAUCCUAGAUGUAAAGGACUGAUACUUUUAGAAACCUAUUCAUCAUUAAGUGGUGAAUCACUAACAAAUUGUUUGCCAAAAUUCUUAAACAUCGUCAAAGAAGUUACUGGUGAUCCACAAUAUUCAAUGUUUAAUUUAUCACUUAAAGAAGAUUGGAGUGUUUCAAAUAAAUUCUGUCAUUCACUUCAUGUAGUCCGACAUAUUAUUCUAAUGACCAAGUGACCAAGAAGAACCAGUAAGAGAUUUGAAAACAACGCAACUAGCAAUUUUAUCACAUGGGACUACAAAGAAAUUACUUAACGGUAAAGCCAAAGGUUGACUUAUUUUAGUUAAAUAAACUUAAAUUAAAAAGUAGUAAACUGAAACAAAAAAAAAAAUUAUAAUGCGAAAGCAACAUGAAUUGUUUUUUAACAAGCGUUUUUAAAUAAAAAUUAAUGUUGACAUUAAUGGCUAUUUAUUUUAAAAUUAUAUUUUUAUUUUCACUUUGAAAUUAAUGACUGAUUACAAAAAAAAAUUCUGGUUUUUAUUUAAGUAGCGAUUUUGUGAAAUGUUUAUUUUCAAAUUUUUAAUACUUAUUUGCUCUUUAAUUUUAGAAACUGCAACAGCUUAAAGUUAAAGUAUUCUAAAUCUUAAAGUUUUAAAAUUUUUUGCAGUAAUUUUAUAGGCUUUUAAAUCUCAUAACCCUUAACAGACUGAUGAAUUUUUUUUUUUUUGCGGUUGAAUGAAAACAAUUAGGUGAAGUAUAACCUUUUUCUUAAAUUUUAUUUUAAAUUAUCUAAAAGCAGACGAUCCUAUAAAAAAAUUAUUGUAGCAGUUGUAAUUAAACGAUUUUUUUUAAUUGUUUAACUAAAUUUUGUUGUAUAAAAACCAGAUUAUUUUUACUUUUAAUAAUUAAGAAAAAAUUGAACUUAAUUAAAAUUUUAUUAUAUUUUUAAACUACAAAAAUUAAAAUUAAAUUGUAUUUAAUAAUAUGUACUUACAAAAAUUCAUACAUACAUACGUAAAUCAAUUUUACACAAUGUCAUUGUAACUAACAAUUUUAAUUUUAUGAUUUUUGUGUGAAUUUAAAAUUAAAAAUUUCUUAACUUUAGUUACAAUCAAAUUGAAUUUGUUAAAAAAAAGUCAGAGGCCUACUUAAUAUUUUUAAAAGAAAUACUUAGGUUAAAUUUGGAGAAAUAAAAAUUUCUUUAAAAAAAACUUUACCAGAAUAAGGAAAAAACUAUUAUUGUUCUGCAAAAUCAUAUUAUAUUACUUAAAUAUUGUUGUAAGUUAAUGUUUUUUUGUUUUGUUAAGUAGAUACAUAUGUACAUAAAGCAAAAAAAGAACUUUUUUAACUUGUAUCUUCAUCAAAAAUUAC